AUGCAUAGCAUUUACGCUCGAGUAAAUAGCAUAUCUGCCUUUUGGUCGACAUGUGUUAUGUGUUUGCUUGGGGCCGUAGCUCUCUCCUCCUUCCUCUUCAAUGCGGAUCCCAAGGGUAACCUGGAUAUUGUCUCUUUGAAGGUGUUCCACUCCAAAACGAGACGCUAUCCAUUCAGAAACGAGGAAGUUGGUUUUGUUAAAUUUAACCUAUCGGCCGACCUUACGCCACUUUUUAACUGGAACACGAAACAGUUAUUCGUGUACCUUGAGGCAGAGUACACAAACGCACAAGGAAUCAACAACACCGUUGUUGUUUGGGAUCGCAUUGUGCGGAGAAAAGAGGACGCUACGAUCGACGUUGUACAGAAAGACAAGUACAGACUUCGCGACCUGUCGGGUUCUUUCAGCAACGUACUUUCCGCUCAAUAUUCCCUCAAAUAUAAUGUCAUGCCGUAUGUCGGCGUGCUCAGUUAUGGAGAAGCUGCCCGCACAGUGGAGCCUAUCGACUUUCCUGAGGCCCGAGAUGCCGUAUCAUGA